UUCCCCAGGCGUCCCCACUCUGGCACUCUCCCCCUUUCCUCCUCCCCACCCACACACUUUUUGAUCCUGAGGGCGGCGUGAUGGCGCUGAGGGGCGUUUGGCAGCUGCAGAAGCUUGUGGUGAACUACUGCGACUGGGGAGGGAGCAGCAGAGGAAUCAGGGCUUUUAUGGAGUCACAUCUUCCAGCUUUGAAGGAAAAGAAUCCCCAGUUAGAGGUAGUGACACAGCUUGUCCGUGGUCAGCAUCCUAACUUGAAGGGCAUUUACAAAAACCAUAACGAGAGAGUGGUUUGUGUCAGAAAUCUAGCACCCGAGGACAUCAUGUUGCAAGCUAGUAGGCUAAGGUGUUCUCUGGGCAGGAAAGUGGUGAAGCUGAGAACCAGACACGUUACGAAACGGCCAAGUGUCCAGGGGACAUGGACGACGGAACUGAAGAUGUGAAUCAAAGUUCCGAGAGAGGCUGUUGCAGUGUUCCUGUUGAACUGUUUGAGAUGUAUGGCAAGAACUCUGUGCUGCUAUUAGACCUACCUUUUGUCAGUAGUUACAGUUUCAUUUUUUGUUUGUUUGAGACAUAAUAAUCUGAUAAUAUCAUGUAAACGUGGGAGAUUCUUGUUAGUGGCGGAUGUGAUCUUAGACCAUCAUCUUCCUUGAACUUGCUAGGGUAGACAAUUUGAUCUGGGUGGCCCUGCAAGUCAUGAACAGUUCUUUUUUUCAAUCCAUGGUGGUUAACAGAGAUGCUACUAUGAGGGCAAUACGGCGAGGUGGCCAGACAAUGUAGAGGAAGAGAAAUCAGGUCCCAGUUUUGUGGGGUCUUCCUGUUGUUGGGAUGGUGCUGUCCCAAGAACUGUUUCAGAUGCUCUAUGCUUUUAAUAACGAGGAAAAGGUAAAAAGUGGUUCAGAUU